AUGCCCAGUCAUUGGUUACCGAAAAGUAUCGUCAAAGAAAUUAUCUUCAAACGUACAACCUCUGAGAAACCAAGAUACGUAAUACCGUGGAAUUUAGUAAAAAACCUGAAAUUCCCUAAACGGCCUCCAAAUACUAGGCCAAUACAAAUUAUGACCUCUUCGGAAAAAAUCUCAAGUUUAAUAGAGAAUACAGUUUAUAAAGUUCAUGUGACACAACUGCCUACUACGACUGCUCUGACUUCUACUAAUACUGCGACUGCUCCAACUACUCCGACUAUUUCGACUUCUUCGACUACUACGACUACUCCGACUACUACGACUACUCUGACUACUACGAAUACUCCGACUACAACGACUACCCUGACUGCUACGAAUACUCCGACUACUCAGACUACACCAACUACAACGACUACUCCGACUACUCCGACUACUACGAAUACUCCGAUUACUACGACUACUCCGACUACUACGACUACUCCGACUACUACGACUACUCCGACUACUACGACUACUCCGACUACUACGACUACUCCGACUACUACGACUACUCCAACUACUACGACUACUCCAACUACUACGACUACUCCAACUACUACGACUACUCCGACUACUACGACUACUCCAACUACUACGACUACUCCAAAAAAAAAAGGAAAAAAGCCUAACCGCAAACCUUCCAUGACACCGUCUGGUCAUGUGAUUACUGUUUGUUGCAUGUUAGUGGCAGUGGACCUCGUGGGAACCAGAGAAUGGCCUGAUCACAGAACUGACCCCUUGCUUUUCAUUGCUAAUCCUAUUGAAGCCGAAAUGCCCAGUCAUUGUUCCUGUGAUCACUACCACGACUAUUACGACUCCUACUACGACUACUACGACUACUCCAACUACCACGACUACUACGACUACUACGACAACUCCGACUACUACAACCACACCUACUACUACGAUUACUCCGACUACUACGACUACUACGACUACUCCUACUACUACGAUUACUCCGACUACUACGACUACUACGAGUACUACGACUACUCCAACUACUACGACAACUACGACUACUCCGACUACUACGACUACUACGACUACUCCGACUACUACGACUACUACGACAACUCCGACUACUACUACGACUACUCCGACUACUACUACGACUACUCCGACUACUACGACUACUCCAACUACAACGACUACUACGACUACUCCGACUACUACGACUACUCCUACAACCACGACUACUACGACUACUCCGACUACUACGACUACUCCGACUACUACGACUACUACGACUACUCCAACCACUACGACUACUCCGACUACUACGACUACUACGACUACUCCGACUACUACGACUACUACGACUACUCCGACUACUACGACUACUACUACGACUACUACGACUACUACGACUACUACGACUACUCCAACUACUACGACUACUACUAA